AUGGAAAAGGAAGACUCAAAAAAAGUCACCAAACCCACUGUUAAAACAACCGAAAUGACAAAAACUAAUGAGAGCAAAGGCAAGCUAGGAGAGAAAGUAGAAGAAAAAAGGCCCUUAAGAGAUGUCAAUACACCUAAGACUGGAAAGGUAAUGCCAAAAACAAAUAUUACAAUAAAAAAAGUUCUGCGAAAAAGAUCCUCCACAGCUGGUUCCCCGCAGUCUAGUAUUAGCAAAAUUCAUACAAAUUCGGCCAGAAAACCUAUGUGGAAAAGGCGUCCACUACCAGCCCACUCUGGUGUACCGGUCCCAGAAAAAAUGAAGAAACUAUCACUUAAAUUAUUAAAUAUGGAUUCUUACAAAGAUGAACAAGUUUAA